UUCAUAAUUUAAAAAGUUUUGAACUUUUAGUCAUUUGUUCAAGCUUUUUCAUUAUUUUCUUCUUCUUACCAAUGGCUGUAGGGGCAAUUUGUGAUUCUGAAUCACUGAACCAUAUAGUUGCAAUUCCAAAUCCUACAAAGGAAAUGGAUGAAAACAAUAAUAAUAAUGAAGUUGAUUAUUGGCAAAGAGCACAAUGGCUUCGUGCAGCUGUAUUAGGAGCUAAUGAUGGUUUAGUUUCUGUUGCUUCAUUAAUGAUGGGUGUAGGAGCUGUUAAAACAGCUAACACAGCAAUGUUAGUGGCUGGUUUUGCAGGAUUAGUAGCUGGUGCAUGUGGAAUGGGAAUAGGUGAAUUUGUUUCUGUUUACACACAAUAUGAAGUUGAAAUUGGUCAAAUGAUGAGAGAGUUAGGUACUUGUGAUAGAAAAGAGAAGGCAUUGGAAAUGGAGUUGGAGAAAAGAAGAUCAUUGCCUAAUCCAUUACAAGCUGCAUUAGCUUCUGCUUUUUCAUUUUCUGUUGGUGGUUUGGUUCCUUUACUUUGUGGUUCAUUUAUAAAAGCUUAUAAGAUUAGAGUUAUUGUCAUUGUUGCAAUUUCUAGUUUGGCUUUGCUUGUUUUUGGAAGAGUUGGAGCUCAACUUGGUAAGACACCAAAGAUUAGAUCUUCUAUUAGGUUCCUUCUUGGUGGUUGGAUGGCUAUGGCUAUCACAUUUGGCUUGACCAAAUUAUUGGCUCGUUCUAGUGGUUUGGAUUUCUAAAUCAUAUCUCAUUUUUAAUUACUUCAUUUAUGUCUACAUUGGUCAUUAAGAAUAAAAACGAUAUUUAUUUAAUCUUUUAAAAAUUAAAAUAACAAUUUGAUCUUUGAAAAUAUUAAAUGUUCAUCAAAUUACUCUUUAAUUGAGAUUAAAAUGUAUCGUUGAAUAUUAUUAUAUCUUAAUAAUGACUAAUUUUACCAUUAUUUGUUGUCAUCAAAUUGGUAUGGUUUAUUUUUCACAUUGGUGAAAUAUGUCUUUUUCUUCAAAGGCAAUUUAGA